AUGGCAACGACAACUAUCAAGCCGAACUACUUCACAUGCACGUUGGGCCAUGCGGCGCAGAGCAAGGAUCAAGAUGGACAUUUGGAUCAUAAUUUUGGUACUGUAAUGCAGUUGAUCGAUGGGAACUGCCGCCGCUUCCCUCAGGCGCCCGCUUUAGGCUUUGCGGACUACGCAUUGCGAGCUUUGCUUGGACCAGCUUCCUCAAGGAAUAUUUCCGUUGGAUCGAAUAUCGGACUGCUGUCCACGAGCAGCAUCGACUUCGUCCUGACUUGGCUUGGCCUUUUACGACUGGGAUACACGGCAGUCUUUCUUGCUCCUCAGCUGCAACCACAGGCAAUUGAGCACCUUUGUGCCACAUUGAACGUACAGGUCUUGCUCGUGGAGGGUUCCUCGAGUAUUGCCAUAGAAGGAGUGGAGCAAGUUGAGAUUCCUCGUCUGUGGCCAUAUCAAGAAUACCUCGCAAAUGAAAAGCCCCUGUUGAAAAUUGAGAAUAACAGAGAACCCGAGAUCGCCUAUUUCUCUCACACUUCUGGGACGUCAUCUGGUCUGCCCAAACCGAUCCUCCAACCUCAGUCGGGAAUAGUCCAGGUUCUUCCAUGCUUUAAAGAAGAAAAUCAACCUGCCACCUUCUCUAUGACACCCUUAUACCAUGGAGGCCUCCCGGACUUGCUCAGAUCCUGGACGAGCAGGUCGAUGAUAUGGUUCUUCCCUGAAGGGCUCGCGCCUAUUACUGCAUCCAACAUUAUCAGUGCCGUUGCGCACGCUCGGAAGAAAUGCGAUACUCCGGUUCAAUACUUUACAUCAGUUCCGUAUAUCUUGCAAAUGCUCUCCGAAGAUAGACACGGGCUCGAACUUCUCCAGUCAAUGGACCUUGUUGGGGUGGGUGGCGCACCAUUGCCACCCACAAUAGGCGACGGGUUGGUAGAGGCUGGUAUAAAUCUCGUCUCGAGGAUGGGUAGCAUGGAAUCCGGAUUUCUCAUGUCGUCACACCGGGAUUAUCAACAAGACAGGGAAUGGCAGUAUCUGCGCCCUAUUCAAAAUGAGCGAUAUCUCCAAUUCGAGCCAAGAGACAACGGGCUGUCUGAGCUUGUUGUGAAACCUGCUUGGCCGUUGAGAGUCAAAACCAACCGAGAUGAUGGCUCGUAUGCAACGGCAGAUUUGUUCGAACCUCACGGAACGAUUCCAAACGCAUGGCGCUAUCACAGUCGCGCUGACUCUCAGCUUAUGCUUGCCAAUGGUAAGAAAUUUGAUCCUGCGCCCAUGGAAGCAGACAUCCUCGCUGCUACAAACAUACUACGCGAUGUCUUUAUUUUUGGAAGCGGCCAGAACUACCCUGGUAUUCUCCUGUUUCCCUCUUCCUUGGAUACAUCAGACACCGCGAUGCUUGAGACUGCUUGGCCUGUCAUACAAAAGAUAAACUCUCAGUCCCAGGGUCACGCUCGAAUCUCAAGGUCAAUGGUUAUCAUCGUCUCCGUGCCUCUAGAUGAGGCAGCCCUACAAAAGAGCAGUAAAGGUACUAUACUUCGCAACCAGGCCGAAGAACGGUACAAAUCUUGGAUCGAGGGGGCAUACAGCAAGCCUGGACUCGUGGCCCCGGUCCAAAUCGCCAGUCGCGAUCAGCUCUUCCAGGCAGUACUCGAGUGCUUUUCCCGAGUUCUUGGACGCAAGAUAGACCCCGAUGAGGAUCUUUACAAGCAAAAUGUUGACUCGAUGGCGUGCUUGCAAAUUCGAGCACAGGUUGCGGAGGCCUGCCUGCCUGACCCGGAGGAACAGCUUCCACUCAAUAUUAUAUAUGAGUGUGGGAGCGUGAAUAAUCUAGUCAAUCACCUGGAGCAAGUUCGCAGUGGAGAAUUCCCCGAGAAGCAAGACCAAAAUGAGAGAAGACAUCAAUUGAUGCGACAUAUGGCGGAUAGAUACAAAGACUUCUCUAGUUCCUUGCGCCCUGAGAUCCAAGAAGGGUCCAGAAACGUGAUAGUCUUGACUGGUGCUACGGGGUUUCUAGGUGCACACAUUCUACAUUCAUUACUCUCCAAGGGGCCGAAGGUCGAUGCUGUGUAUCUGUUGGUCCGAGCCAAGACCCCGGGAGAUGCUUAUCAGAGGAUUUCCCGUGUUCUCACAGAGUAUGGAUUGAUUGAUCUUCAUCAAACCUCGCACACAAAGCCAAGUGUUGUGUGUUUGCCUUGCGACUUGUCGGAUGGUGCAAUAGGAUUCUCGAGAGAACACCUAGACGAUUUUUCGAACGCAUCAACAACCUUUAUUCACACAGCUUGGACUGUCAAUUUUAAUCUGCGCCUUCCCUCGUUUGAGGACCAGGUAUCUGGGACCCAGCAAUUGAUACAAUUAGCUAUCAGUAGUUGUGCGAGGUUCGUCUUUAUUAGCUCAAUUGCAGCUGUGAGCUGUUCGGCCUCCACCUUAAUACGGGAAGAUGUAUCCGAAGAUCCUGCUGAUGCGUCGCCCAUGGGAUAUUCAGAAUCUAAAUGGGUCGCGGAACAAGUUUGUGCAGCGGCGUACACGGCAGUAACAGCGACGGAGAGCGCUCCGCGCCCAGAGAUGCCUCCGUGGAUGUCCAUCAUUCGCGUUGGCCAACUGUGCGGCAAUCAAUCAGGUAUAUGGAACAAAAGCGAAGCAUAUCCCUUGAUGCUGUCUACAGAAUCGCUCGUCGGGUGUUUGCCUCGCCUUGAAGACCAGCCCCUCGACUGGUUACCUGUUGAUAUUGCUGCCGAUGCCGUUUUGCAGAUCGCGCUGGGAUCGCAGGACAAAAUAUCAAAAGAUGCCUCCGAGCAGAGCAGUUUAGCGACUAAAUCACUUGUGUACCAUGUUCUGAACCCAUUUACACACCCCGACUGGUCGCAAUUACUCUCAUGGGUAUCCGAAGAUCUCGGGCGAGGUAACUUGGAGAUUGUGCCACCGUCAGAAUGGGUCACGAGACUGGAAGACACACUAGCUCAAACGAACAAACACCAUCCAUCGCAUGUUCUGGUUGGAUUGUGGAAAGGGAGCCUGGCCCCAGAGGAAGUGGCGUGUCCGACGGGUAAAAUCAGACCCGGAAUCGUUCAGAGCUACGAGAUGACUCGUGCCAAACAGAGUGUGCCUACCCUACGGAAUCUGGAGCCACUGGACAAGGAAAGGGUGCUAAAAAUCUGGGCUUGGGUGCGUGGGAACAUCAUAGAAGGCUAA